GUGUUAUAGAUCUGAUAACGUUGCCGCGCGAUGGGUGGGAGAAAGAAUGUCACAUGACCCAUCCAGCGUCUGUCAGUGUCCAGAGUAAAAUGCAUCGGUGAGAAGUAUUGGAAAGAAGGCAGGCAGCAAACGAACACUUUGGAACUGAUGGCGAAUGGGUUUCUUGACGCCACAUCUGCCUUAGGCUAUCCUGCUUCCUUGCGUGGAAUGGCUGCAGUUUGGCAGCAGGUCUUGGCAGUCGACGCAAGGUACAAUGCUUACCGCACGCCCACCUUCCCCCAGUUCCGCACGCAGUACAUCCGACGCCGCAGUCAGCUGCUGCGUGAGAACGCCAAGUGCGGCUUUGAGCCAGGGCUGCGCAAGCAGUACCUGCGCGUACGCAGCCAGCUGCUGGCCCUGCGAUACGGGCCCCUGUCCGAGCAGAGCAGCUUCAAGGCUAGCAGCGUGCGCAGCUCCCGCACCACGCUGGACCGCAUGGAGGACUUUGAGGAGGACCCCAGGGCACAGGGCGCUCGGGGCCACCGGCGGUCUGUGAGUCGAGGCUCCUACCAGCUGCAAGCCCAGAUGAACCGCGCCGUCUACGACGAGAGGCCCCCUGGCAGCCUAGUGCCCACGUCAGUGGCCGAGGCCAGCCGUGCCAUGGCAGGGGACACCACGCUGAGUGAGAACUACGCCUUCGCUGGCAUGCACCACAUCUUCGACCAGCACGUAGACUCCGCCGUUCCAAGACUGCAGUUUGCCAACGACGACAAGCAUCUGCUGGCAUGCUGCUCCUUGGAUGGGACCCUGUCAAUCAUGACACUGUCCCCAUCUCCUCCGACGGUCAAGGUGACUCUUCGGGGCCACGCGGGGCCGGUUACCGACUUUGCCUGGUCGCUUAGCAACGACGUCAUCGUGUCGACGUCUCAGGACGGCACGCUGCGCAUCUGGAACACGGAGGACGGGCGCUGCAUCCGGGAAGUGAGCGACCCAGACGCCAGCGAGCUGCUCUGCUGCACCUUCCAGCCCAUGAACAACAACCUCACUGUGGUGGGGAACAGUAAGCACCUGCUGCAGGUGGUGAACAUCUCCACGGGGAAGAAGGUGAAAGGCGGCUCCAGUAAACUGACAGGAAGAGUCAUGUCCCUCUCCUUCGACGCACCAGGAAGGAUUUUGUGGGCCGGGGACGACCGAGGAAGCAUAUUCUCCUUCCUGUUUGACAUGGCCACAGGCAAACUGACCAAAGCGAAGCGCCUGGUGGUGACGGAGGGUAGUCCCAUCUCCAGCAUCUCGGCCCGCUCCUGGAUCAGCCGCGAGGCCAGAGACCCCUCUCUGCUGGUCAACGCCUGUCUCAACAAGCUUCUCCUCUACAGGGUGGUGGACAAUGAAGGCACUCUGCAGCUGAAGAGGAGCUUCCCCAUCCAGCAUGGCUCUCAGCCCAUCCACAGCAUCUUCUGCCCCCUCAUGUCCUUCAGGCAGGGGGCCUGCGUAGUCACGGGUAGUGAGGAUGCCUGUGUGUACUUCUUUGACGUGGAGCGCAACACCAAGGCCAUCGUCAACAAGCUCCAGGGUCACAGCGGCCCCGUGCUGGACGUCAGCUUCAACUGCGACGAGUCUCUCCUCGCCUCCUCUGACGCCACCGGCAUGGUCAUCAUCUGGAGGCGGGAGCAGAAGUAACCGCGGCAACGCCAUGCUUCCACGCGCCAGCUACCACAGCUUGCACACUGGUCCGUCCGUUCCCAUCAUGUGCAAUUACACCUUUACCUAAAAGACUCGCUCAUCUCCUCGAGGCUCACAAGCCGUUAAAGAGAAACCGCCUUUGUCUGACAGAAUAGGGUUGGGGGGGGGGGGGGGUAAUAAUGAGAGGUGCAUUGCUACCUGUAUGUUUGUAAGUGCGUUAUCACAGUUGCUUAGAAAAUACUGACAGAGUGACUGACUCACAAUGGCAGGAGGGUUCCUUACAUAUCCUUAAUUUCAGCAGGCAUCUUUUGUCUGCUGUCAGUGUUGGUCUGAAAAGAUGUUUGCACGACACUAUGUGGCACUGCAUUGCAGUACCUAAUGUAAUGUAUACAAAAAAACUAAUAUAGAAGAGAUAGAAACAUAUCAAAGUGGGACCUCUUGGAUUAUGUUUUCUCUUUUGUGUGUUUACUGUAAAAGUCAUGCUGGCUUACACUACAAAACGGUCUGUUGUAUUUAUGACUUGCAUUGUUGCGAUAUAAUAAAUGACAUAUAUAUAUAUCAACCAA